AUGCCAUCCCCACGACGGAUGCGCCUCCUCAUGGUGGCGGUGGUCAUCACCGUCGUCUUCGUCCUCUUCUACAGCUCCGGCAUGCAGCCCGAAGCCGACGCCAGCCUCAAGGGCUUCUACGAGAAAACAAAAGACGCCAUGGAGCGAGGGGCGGCGCGAGGGCAGGCAGUGAUCAACUCCAAGACGGGAGAGAAGGCGGGCCACAUACCUGCCGACAAGGACGGCGACGGCGACAUUGACAACGACGACAAGGUGGCGGCGCAAGAGCUCCAGGAGCGGCUGCAGGCCGUUGCGCAAGAGGCAAAGGACAAGGCCAACGAGAAGAGCCCCAAGCCCGACUUUCCCAGCAAGAUUAUCGGCGUGGGAAGCUCGGCCGAGGGGCAGGCGAAGAAGGGCCAGGUCAAGGUUGGCAGCGGUAGUGGCGGUGGUGGCGGUGACAUUGGGGAGAGAGUCAAGCCCGAGACGACAAGGGAGGAGACAAAGGAAGAGCACGAAGCCGAAGUCGAGAUCAACAGCAUCCUGAAGAAAUCACCGGUCAUCAUCUUCUCAAAGACCUACUGUCCGUACUCGAAGCGUGCCAAGGGCAUCCUCCUCGAAAAGUACGCCAUCACUCCCGAGCCGUUUGUCGUCGAGAUUGACGAGCACCCGCUCGGCCCCCAUCUUCAAGACUACCUCCAGAAGAAGACGGGCCGCAGAACGGUGCCAAACAUCUUGAUCAAUGGCGUCAGCAUUGGCGGCUCCGACGACAUUGUUGCGCUCGACAACGAGGACAAGCUUGUGGCCAAGUUCCGCGACCUGGGCCAGGCACGCGUAGAGAUUUCCGAACGCUUUACUACUGGC